AUGGCCAGCUACAGAGAGUACCAGAAGGUGCUGAAGCUCACGACGCGCGAGCCCCAGGCCACCGUGACGCCGCCCGCCUCGAGUCCCGAGGCCUCGCCCACGCUCGCCCCCCAAAACUGUGGCCCAGAGCGCAGAAAGAAAAUCACGCGAACAAAGACGGGCUGUUUCUGCUGUCGCAGAAGAAAGAAGAAGUGCGACGAGAAGAAGCCGGCCUGCUCGGGCUGUGUGCGCAACAUGCUCACGUGCGUGUAUCCCGACAAGGACGAGCUCGCCAAGGGCAAGCGCAGACGAAAGCCACAGACCCAGGAACGCAUCCCUUUCCUGCCGCUCUCGCCACUCGGCUCGCCCACCAUCAGGGAGCGAGAAUAUACCAUGGAACGCUCCAGACCGACUCCCACGAACGAGAUCCCCGAGGUGGCGCUCACGCCAAAAUGGCGCCCGUCCGCGGGGAUCAGCAUCAAAAGUUUACUGAAUUAG